UUUAGAUAGUUUUGAUUUUCCUGAUAGGCUUGUUUUUUGUUUUGAUUUUUGUGAAACGGGCACAAGCUAAGAAUCCGUUCAGGAGCAUACGCCGGAAAACAAACCUCAUUCCUUCCUUCCUGAUAGGCAUCACAUGCUGUUAUAAUAAAUCAUAAUAUAAAUAUGAAAAUUGUAACCUGGAAUGUGAAUGGUAUACGAUCUUUGAAGAAAAGCGUUGAUUGUGUUCUGAAGGAGUUGUCGGCCGAUGUUGCUUGUUUUCAAGAAACGAAAGUUUCUCGUGGCCAGAUACCAGAAACCACAGCCCUUAUUGAUGGCUAUACAUCAUAUUUCAGUUAUCCACGGAAACAAAGUGGUUAUUCUGGAGUAGCUAGCUAUUGUAAAGACACAUAUGUACCUGAAGAUGCUGAAGAAGGCUUAUGCUCUUCUAAUAUAUCUGAAAAUUACUCUUCACUUACAGAUGUGUUAUCUUUUUCUGAAGUGUUUCCAGAUUCAGAUGUGAAAUUUGAUCCUGAAGGAAGAAUUAUUAUCACUUAUCAUUUAAUAAAAUAUGAAGAUGAAAUUCAGAGAUUAGCUGUAAUCAAUAUUUAUUGUCCUCGUGUUGAUCCAGAGAAGCCCGAGAGGUUUUUAUAUAAAAUGCAGUUUUGCCUUCUUCUUGAAGCAAAAGUGAAGGAGCUUUGUAGAACAGGGUGUUCUGUUAUUAUUUUGGGAGAUUUCAAUAUCGCUUGCUCAAUAAUUGAUCAUUGUGACCCUGGAGAUGAAACUGAAUUUAAUUCAUCAAAGUUUCGCCAGUGGUUGAAAGCUCUCCUGUUUCCUGAAAUAUCCUUAUGUGAUGAAAAGGUUAGAAUAGUGGAUACCUUUCGUCAUUUUUAUCCUGAUAAAAAGGAGUCAUAUACAUGUUGGAACACAAAAACUGGUGCUAGAGCAACUAAUUAUGGCACAAGAAUAGAUUAUAUUCUUGUCACUAGUAACUUACUUCCUCUUUUAGAAAGCUGUGAAAUAAUGUCCGAUUAUCACGGUUCUGACCAUUGUCCAGUUUCAGCUAUACUAAAAUGUGAUUCUAUUUCACAAAAAAAUGUUCGACUUCCUUCCAUAUGCACUCGUCUAUGGCCAGAAUUUAGUGGUCAGCAACAAAAACUUCAAGCAUUUUUCAAGAAAACCCAAAAUUUAGCCGACUUUCUUACAAAAGAGAAAGAAACAAAUAGUCAGACUGUGUCUUGUGUUAACAAAUCUGCUGUUAAAAAGAAUAAACAGAAAUCAAUAACCAGUUUCUUUAAGUCGCCUUCUUCUGUUCCAUCAGCCUCUGUCUGCGAUGCACAGUCUGAUAAUUCUGUCAGUGAAACAUCUAGUCUUAGUUCAAGCCCUAGUGAUAUGUCUUCUUCUUCUAAAAGUCAAGAAUCAAAUAAUGAAAAUGAUGAUGAUAAAGUAUUAUCAUUAACAAAAAAGAACCAGUCAGCAGUAUGGAAAACAAUGCUUGCUGGUCCUCCAAAACCUCCAUUGUGUUCAGGUCACCAGAAAGAAUGUGUUCUGAGAAAUGUGAAGAAAAAAGGUCCAAAUUAUGGGAGAAACUUUUUUAUGUGCUCAUAUCCUACAGGUCACCCAUCCAAUCCAGAGGCUAACUGUAAUUUUUUCAAAUGGGUUACAGCACCAAAAGUUAAUUCUUUAAAAAAAGUGUAGAAUUACUUUUUUAUAUAUAUAAAUAUUUGUAUUUUUUUAAUAAUUGUAAAAAAUGUAAAUAGUAUUGUCAGUAUUACUUUUUAUAA